UUUCUCUCUAGUGCUUACAGUCUUACCAAGUGGGAGCUGUUUGAACCGUGCUGCCAAAUUCUGCAGAAGGCGGUAGACACAGGAGAGGUUCCUGAGCAGAUUGUCCUCCCAGCUCUUGUCUGCUGUCACUUCUCUCUUCUCUGGACUCUCUCCCAUCUCAACAAUUCCCAACCAUCAGAGGCAUUUAAACUUCUCAGUGAUCUCUCCUAGUGAUCUUCAAUGACCACCUGAGCCGUGAUGAUCGCUCGUAUUUUCAGCCACUUAUUUGCACCCCUGACCUGUCUCUGCAGGCUGAGCUG